UUCUAAUAGUAAACAUCAGGGAGAGGGGAUUUAUCAUCAAUGUUCCUUCCUCAUUUUUUAAUUCUCCUGUUUGCUAAGCGUCUUGUUUUUUUUUUAAGAGAAAAAGGAUAAAGUGUUGAAAAGAAGAAGCUGAUACAACUGUAGGUUGAUUGUAAUCUAGAGACACGGGACAGGACCGAAGCCGCCAUUAUUGGGUGCCAGUGAAGCGCUCCUCCUCCUCCUCAACCACCACCACCACCAGCAGCAGCUCCACCCCCACCCAGUCUGUUGUUAUUCCUUUUGCUCCUUUGGAAUCAUCUCCAAACAUUUCUUGCAGAUCUCAACUUUAACGCCAAUUAUUUCCUUCGCUCUCUCAUUAAAUCUAAUCAAUUUCACCUGAUCUUCUUUUACUCUUUCUUUGUUUCGCUUCAAUUCGCUAAUCAUUUAGCAGGAAUUCGCGCCUUUUGGCUUUUGAUUUCCUUUUUUACAAUGAAGUUAGGGUUUCCAAUUUUGCCACCUUCUUCCUUGCUUUGAGCUCGUCUUCAUCCUUCUGUCGUCAGCCUCCUCCGCUUAACCGAAGACGAGGAGGCCAACCUACGGUUCUUGUAUUUUUGUUUUUCUUUUAUUAGAAAUUGGUUUGUUGCAAUGGCAGAAUCGGUGCCCAUUUACUACGGCGUCAUCGCAUUCAUUUGCAGUGCUGGAGCAAUCGCUUUGGCUGUUUUCCACAUCUACAGGCAUCUCUUGAAUUACACUGAACCUACUUAUCAGAGAUAUAUUGUUCGCAUCAUCUUUAUGGUUCCGGUUUAUGCGUUAAUGUCCUUUUUGUCUCUUAUUUUGCCUGAGAGUUCAAUCUAUUUCAAUUCUAUCAGAGAAGUUUAUGAGGCUUGGGUCAUUUACAAUUUCCUGUCUUUAUGCCUGGCUUGGGUUGGUGGCCCUGGAGCAGUUGUGCUUAGUUUAAGUGGUCGGGUUCUGAAGCCAUCAUGCUGUCUGUUGACAUGUUGCUUACCUCCAAUACCACUAGAUGGGCGCUUUAUAAGGAGGUGUAAGCAGGGAUGUUUACAGUUUGUGAUUCUGAAGCCUAUCUUGGUUGCAGUUACGCUCAUCCUUUAUGCAAAAGGGAAAUACAAAGAUGGAAAUUUCAGUCCAAACCAAUCAUACUUGUAUCUUACCAUCAUAUAUACAAUCUCAUACACAAUGGCUCUGUAUGCUUUGGCUUUGUUUUAUGUGGCAUGCAGAGAUCUGCUUCAGCCCUUCAAUCCAGUUCCCAAGUUUGUUAUCAUCAAGUCCGUUGUUUUCUUAACUUAUUGGCAGGGAGUUCUGGUAUUUCUUGCUGCAAAGUCUGGAUUCAUAAAGAAUGCUGAAGAGGCUGCUCAAUUUCAAAAUUUUAUCAUAUGCGUUGAGAUGCUUAUAGCUGCUGUUGGGCAUCUUUUUGCAUUUCCAUACAAAGAGUAUGCUGGUGCAAAUAUUGGUGGAUCUUGUGGUUUAACAGGAAGCCUUGCACAUGCCUUGAAGUUAAACGACUUUUAUCAUGAUACUGUUCACCAAUUUGCACCAACUUAUCAUGAUUAUGUGCUGUACAACCAUGGUGAAGGUGAUGAAGGAACAAGAAAGUAUCGCUCACGGACCUUUGUGCCAACUGGACAUGAGAUGGAUGCUGUCAGAAGAAACAAGCACAUGUUUGGGAACAGGCUGGAUGAAAUUCAACUCUCCAGUCACUCUUCUUCCGGUACAAGCACUCCACAAAAUACCAUUUUGUUCCCUGAUUCUUCUCAUUCUGAUGCUAGUAAAUCUUCAUUGCUUGUGGAUACUUCAAAUUCUUUAUCUGUGCCUUAUGACAUGUCACUCAUUGAUAUGGACUUGUCCAAUUACCCUGCAAAAGUUCCUGCAGCCAAUGAAACUGGGAAUAGGUAACACUCUUGCAGAAAUUGCAGUAAAUAGAUAAGAAAAGUGUUGUUGAAGAAAAAGUUGAGAGGAAUAUCAGAUGUUAUUUCUACUUUGGGGAAGCAUCCUAUGCAAAGUUGCUGAUACUGGUGUCUGUUUUCUUGAGAAUGUUGAAAUCUUUCAAGCGCUUUCUUUUGGUUCAAGUAUUUAGUAUCCCAUGUUAGGCUUCCCCCUUAUUAUAUUAGUGGCCUGUUAUCCUCGGUUGCUCAUAUCUGUUGCCAUCUGCUUUGUAGAUACAAAAAUUUUAGUUGUCAUACUUCCAAUAUUAGAGCUUCAAAAUGACAAUGGGUUAUUGAUUUUUUUUUUUCCUUCUAAUUUUGCCAUCUGAUCUGUAGAUACUGUACUUUUAAUUGUCAAGUUUGCAACUUCAUGGUUCAACAUGAUAUUGAGUUUUGGAUUUGUUUAACCAAUGCCUCACUUCAGGAA